UCGCGGCCACUGGCUGCACCUCCGCGGCCUGCACAAUAGAGGCUCCGCCUCCCUCUGCGCUGCUCGCAGUCCCUCCGCAUCGGGCGGUCCUCGCCCCAGGUUCCCAGCAGCCCGCGCUGGGCCACCCCGGGCUCCCUGCCGCUGCCCGAGCUCCGCCCGGCGCUGCCCGACCCAGCCUCCCGCCUGAGGACGCCGUCACCUCCACUUCCCUGCGUCCAGGGCCGCUCGCACCCACCCGGACGGAGAUGACCCGGGUCCCGGGGGCGCCCCGGCCACGCGCGCUCACCUGCACCCGGCCGGGGAAGGCGCUCUGAGCUCCGCCUGACCAGCCGUCCCCUGGCACAGCCGCUGCGGGACCCAGCCCCAGCCGAUCCGGCCCAGCCCCUCUGUCUCGCCCUCAUGGCCCAGCCUCUGCUGCUGGCUCUCUGGCUGGCUCUGGGAGUGGCCCUCAGUGUGGCCGCUGUGACCCCCGCAGGCACCAGCGAGCCCCCUACCGCGCCGACCGUGGCCCCCACGGAGGCCGAGACCCUGCAGAGCGAGGCCGACAACCAGGAGAACGUCCUGUCUCAGCUGCUGGGCGACUAUGACAAGGUCAAGGCUGUGUCCGAGGGCUCCGACUGCCAGUGCAAAUGCGUGGUGAGACCCAUGGGCCACGACGCCUGCAAGAGGGUCAACGCCGGGGCCUCCAGGAAGGAGGACUUCUACACCGUGGAGACCAUCACCUCGGGCCCGUCCUGCAAGUGCGCCUGCGUCGCUCCGCCCUCCGCCCUCAACCCCUGCGAGGGGGACUUCAGGCUCCAGAAGCUCCGGGAGGCCGACAGCCGCGACUUGAAGCUCGCCACCAUCAUAGACAUGCUGGAGGGCGCGUUCUACGGCCUGGACCUCCUGAAGCUGCAUUCGGUCACCACCAAGCUGGUGGGGCGAGUGGACAAACUGGAGGAGGAAGUUUCUAAAAACCUCACCAAGGAAAACGAGCAAACCAGAGCGGACGCGGGAGGAGUCCGCGCGGAGGCGAAGGAGCGAGGAGGCGGGGAGAACUGCUCCCAGGCGGCGGCCGGGCUCCCGGGGGCGGGGGCAGGCCCGGCCCUGCAGAGGGACGAGGCCGCCUACGCCCACCCCGAGGAGCAGUAUGAAGAGGAGUUCCUGCGGGAGGAGACCGUGUCCCAGCACGUCAACGCCAUCGAGCUCCUGCGGACGCAGCCCCUGGCUCCGCCCGAGCUGGUGCGGCCGCGGCAGCCAGUCCAGAGGCAGGUGUCCCUGCGGGGCCGGCCGGCCUCCAAGCCUGCCGUCAUCCGGGGCAUCACCUUCUACAAAGCCCAGGACCCCGAGGACGAGAACGGCAUCGAAGAGCAGCAGGACCCGUUCUCCGGCGGGGACAGCGGUGUGGACUUGCUGAUCGAGGACCAGCUGCUGAGACACAACAGCCUGCUGCCCACUGAGCCCCGCAGGCCGGCAGCCGCCCACCACGGCACGGCUGCACCCGCCGGGGUGUCCGCGCCGCGGCCUCAGGCCUCCCCCUCGGCCCCCCGUGUCCCUGCUGCCUCCGCCGAGCCGGUCCCCACGCCACAGCCAGCCACCGUCCCUCCAGCCCCCGGGGGGGCCCCGCCCCCCACCGUGGCCCCCACGGCCACCCCCUCUCCUCCGGCCCCAGCUUCCCUGCCAGCGGCUCCUGGGGACACACGCCCGUCCACAGUGCCCCCCACCGCGGCCGGCACAGGCUCCCCGGGGAAGGCCGCCCCGGCCGCGGGCACCGCGGGCCCCAGCGCGCUCCCGGAGGACGACAUCCGGAACGUCAUAGGAAGGUGCAAGGACACGCUGUCCACCAUCACGGGGCCCACCACCCAGAACACGUUCGGGCGGAGCGAGGGCGCCUGGAUGAAGGACCCGCUGGCCAGCGACGAGCGCAUCUACGUCACCGACUCGGCCUACGGCAGCACGCUGGUGGAGUUCCGGAACCUGGACAACUUCCGGCAGGGCCGCUGGAGCAACUCGUACAAGCUGCCCUACAGCUGGGCGGGCACGGGCCACGCGGUGUAUGGCGGCGCCUUCUUCUACAGCCGCGCCUUCGCCCGCACCCUCAUCAAGUACGACCUGCGCCGCCGCUUCGUGGCCGCCUGGGCCCUGCUGCACGACGUGGCCUACGAGGAGGCCGCGCCCCGCAGCUGGCAGGGCCGCUCCGACGUGGACUUCGCCGUGGACGAGAACGGGCUGUGGCUCAUCUAUCCCGCCCUGGACGAGGAGGGCCUGGGCCAGGAGGUGAUCGUGCUGAGCAAGCUCAACGCCGCGGACCUGAGCACCCGGAAGGAGACGACGUGGCGCACGGGGCUGCGGCGCAGCCUGUACGGCCACUGCUUCGUCAUCUGCGGCGUGCUGUACGCCGUGGACAGCCACCGCCAGCGCAACGCCAGCAUCUCCUACGCCUUCGACACGCACACCAACACGCAGAUCGUGCCGCGGCUGCUGUUCGAGAAUGAGUAUUCCCACACCACGCAGGUCGACUACAACCCCAAGGACCGGCUGCUCUACGCCUGGGACAACGGCCACCAGGUCACCUACCACGUCAUCUUCGCCUACUGACCCGCCGAGCAAUGUGCCCGGCCGCUGCACCUUUAGUGCAUUGCACGUGUGUGUGCACUGCACCUGUGUGUGUGCGCGUGUGUGCACAAGUGUGUGUGUGAAUGUGUGUGUUUACAUGUGUGCACGUGUGUGUGCAGAUGGGCAAGUGCUGUUCAAAAACGUGUUGUUUGUAUAUGUAAAGUGACAGUUUGGGUCUAUUUUUUUAUAUGGGUUGUAGAUCGACCCGCGCGUGUGUGCUGGCUCAUCCUCUGCAGUUUAUAUUUUUGAGCAAAUGAACUUCUUGGGCCAGUGACCCCCUCCCUCUGAGCCUCCGCCCUCUGGCCCCCGCUGGUGAGGCCUCCAUGGCUAUUGGCCAAGGCACCACAGGGAGCGAGGGAGGCAGGACGGCAGGGGCAGGAAAAGUUAUGUGCUGGAGAAGUUUCAAAAUCCCAGAAACUGCUUUUUUAAAUAAAGAAGAGUUUAAAAUGA